GAGAAGACUAGCCCAAGCGGAUGAGUUGAAAGUUCAAGCUGAGGAGGUGUUUUCUGUGGGGUUUUUUUUUUCUUUUUACUGGCUGUAGACGGGAAUUCUUACUUCACCCUGAACGCAGCAUUACUGACACUGCCAGCUUGACUUUUAUUAUGAACUGAAGACUUUAAUCCCGUUGCUCUUGUCAGCUAAUUUCACUUCGUGUCGAAGCAGAGUCUCAGGAAAACAUGUCUCAGGUGGUGUUCAGCAGGUUCUCCAGCUUCUGCCGUUUAUCAGCGCGGAUGUUCUGCACUCAGACGACUUCUCCAUUAACCAUUAGUCAGCAGGAGGACGGGAUAAGGAGAAUCAUUCUGAAUAACCCCAAGAAGAGGAAUGCCUUGUCUCUCGCCAUGUUAACCUCUUUACAGGAGAACAUCCUGACUGGUAUAGACGACAAGGACCUGAGAGUCAUCAUCAUAUCAGCGCAGGGUCCAGUGUUCUCCUCAGGUCAUGACCUUAAGGAGCUGACCUCGACACACGGCAGAGAUUAUCACACAAGAGUGUUCAGGGUUUGCUCAGAGGUCAUGACCCUGAUUCAGGACCUCCCGGUUCCCGUGAUCGCGAUGGUGAAUGGCAUUGCCACAGCAGCAGGAUGUCAGUUAGUUGCCAGUUGUGAUAUUGCUGUGGCGACGGACAAGUCAAGCUUCGCAACUCCCGGUGUGAAUGUCGGUCUGUUCUGCUCUACUCCAGGAGUGGCCAUUGGAAGAGCUGUUCCUAGAAAGGUUGCAAUGGAGAUGUUGUUCACAGGCCGCCCCAUCUCGGCGCAGGAGGCUUUGGUACACGGACUGGUGAGUAAGGUGGUACUCGAGGAGUGUUUGGAAGAAGAAACGCUGGCCAUUGCACGUCGAAUCUGUGAGUCUAGUCGCCCGGUGGUGGCUCUCGGAAAAGCAGCCUUUCAGAAGCAGAUGGCACAAGGUCGAGACGCUGCGUACGCCACUGCCGCAGCUGUCAUGGUGGACAAUCUGGCAUUGCGUGAUGGACAGGAGGGAAUUCGGGCUUUUCUAGAGAAACGCCGGCCUCUAUGGACCAACACCACUGAGAAAGCACAUGACUGACUCCAGUAACAAACCACCAUUUGGAUAUAAUUAGAAUGCAUUCGUGACAAAGAUUGAAAAGCGUGUAUUCGUAAACAAAGUGCCAAUUUCUGUAUUGUGUGAUGGCAGAUUUGACAUAAGUGUGAGAUCCUGUUAGGAUCUUAACUGUAAUAAAAGCAGGCAAAGUUUAAAAAAAAAAAAACAACCAAAAAAAAAACCUUAUCCAAUCACAAACUAUUUGUUAUGCUCCAAUCAUGAGUAUUAAUAAAACAAU